AUGAACUCGCUCCGGGGUGAAGGCGCGACCGCGUGGCACACGGUGAUCCCCUUCUCGAAGGCCGGGGAGCUCUCCACCGCUCACGUGCGGAACCAAGUCCGCCUCGAGCUCGGCCUCACCCCUGCUGCCAUCAAGAUCCUCGUCGACCAGAAGCUCGCGUGCCACCACGCCGAGUGCGGCCACGCCACGUUCACACACAACGCCGUCCACCACAUCAUCAACCACAAGGAAGGCAACGCCGGCGGCAACAGGGUCCGCACCCACGACCGCGUGGUGCGGGCCGUCGCACAGCUGUGUAAAGACGUCGGCCUCGCCGCCGAGACGAAAGGCCUCCGGGGACUCCUCCCUUCCAACCCCGGGCGAGGCGGACGGCACGACUGCGCGAAAACCGUCGACAUCAGCAUCAUGGGACUUAACGCCUCGGUGAACAGGAUCCUCGGUGACGUCGUCGUCCCCCACCCGUUUACCGGUGACGGGCGCGCGAAAUACAACGGCCAGCGCGCCGAUGGGACCCGCUCACCAGCGAACAUCCAACCGGGCGAGUACGCGCUCGAGGCGGAGAAGAAGAAGCUCGACUGGAACGGCAACAUCCCCGAGGGCCGCGGCCUCAGCCUCGUGCCCAUGGCCAUCGACACGUACGGUUUCAAGGCGCCGCGCUUCCGCAAGUUCCUCAACCAGCUCGCCGAGCACGGUGCGAGCCAAACUGUCCCCGCCGGCGACUCCGCCUCCGACGCUGCGGCCGAGGCCACACUCUCCGCCAUCGCGAGGAGCAAAAGCUACUGGAAACGACGCAUCAUGGGCCACAUCUCCGUCGCGCUCGUCUCCGACCUCGGGGACCGCAUCGCUGGCGCGCCCAUCUCGUACGCGCUCAGAACCGCGCGCGACUCUGAAAACUUCCACGCGGGCGCGGCAGCGCAAAUCCUCUUCAUGGAGCCCGACACGGCCUGCGACUUCCGCGUCGGGGGUCUCCCCCCGGCCCGCCCGGUUUCUGGAACGCCUUCGUCAAGGAACGCAACAACAUGCACAAGAAGCGGCUCGACGCCUUUAUCUCGCUCGGUGCAGUUGACGAGCGAACCUGACACGGUACUGUGUAGUGUGUAG